GGUUGAUUAGGGUUAUUAUUCCAUAUUAGGGAAGCUAUACUUACGGACAGAGGCAAGAAAUUGAGUCCAACAAUGAAGUUGCCCGUCCAGUUGACAGCCACGGCUACAUGACGUCUCAUGUCGUUCGUAUCAUGAUGAUAACGAUGAUCAUGACGAUGACGAUAAUCAUGACGAUGACGAUGAUCAUGUCGAUGAUCAUGACGAUGACGAUGAUUAUGACGAUGACGAUGAUCAUGUCGAUGAUCAUGACGAUGACCAUGAUCAUGACGAUGACGAUGAUCAUGACGAAUACGAUGAUCUUGAUGAUGAUGAUGAUGAUCAUGACGAUGACGAUGAUGAUCAUGAUGAUGAUGAUGAUGAUCAUGGCGAUGACGAUGAUCAUGACGAUGAUGAUGAUGAUGAUCAUGACGAUGACGAUGAUCAUGACGAUGACGAUGAUCAUGAUGAUGAUGAUGAUGAUCAUGACGAUGACGAUAAUCAUGAUCAUGGCGAUGAUCAUGACGAUGAUGAUGAUUAUGACGAUGACGAUGAUCAUGUCGAUGAUCAUGACGAUGAUCAUGACGAUGAUGACGAUGAUGAUGAUCAUGACGAUGACGAUGAUCAUGACGAUGAUCAUGAUGAUGAUGAUGAUGAUCAUGACGAUGACGAUGAUCAUGAUGAUGAUGAUGAUGAUCAUGACGAUGAUGAUGAUGAUCAUGACGAUGACGAUGAUCAUGACGAUGACGAUGAUCAUGAUGAUGAUGAUGAUGAUCAUGACGAUGACGAUGAUCAUGACGAUGACGAUGAUCAUGACGAUGACGAUAAUCAUGAUCAUGACGAUGAUCAUGAUCAUGACGAUGACGAUGAUCAUGAUGAUGAUGAUGAUGAUCAUGACGAUGACGAUGAUCAUGACGAUUUAGACCUAUCACUAUAAUUAUUAAAUGGAAUGAUAUACUAGGAUUAAAUUAGGUGGAGAGAAUAGUGGAAUCUAGGAAGCAACACACGAACUAUUCUAGUGCACUUACAAUGGUUGGGACCCCUUCAGUUUCUGCCACAGGUCCGUGAAAUAUCCUACCGACUACGCCACUUACGUUUGCUGCAGCUUAGGGAGAGUUGAUCUCAAAGGAGACGAAGACUUUACUAUAUUUUUACUAACUAAACUAACGCGUAAUGCGUGUGUAAUAAUAAUAUUGAUUAUUAUUUUAUUAUAUUAAUUAUUAUUCAGGUCUUCACGCCGAUAGUGCCGCAAUUAGUAGCGGACCAAGAAACUUUGCCCUUGGCUCCGAAGCAGCGCUCUGUUUAGUUGACAUCGACAAACCAGAUAUACAGCUGCCAGAAGAAUUGCCAAUUCUUCCUCAUAGAACGCCAUUUAUAGAGGAGCUAAAUCAUGUUUUAGAUAAGCAUCAGAUCCAAAGACCAGAAACAGAACAUACAAGACUUGGAGUGCCAAUUAAUGGGACUACAUAUAAACAUAUGAAUGACGGCAUGAGUAGUAGUUGUACAUUGCCAUCGGGUAAGAAAUUGUUCUGAAAUUAAUCAGGUAGAUUUAUUUUUAGAAAGUAGAGGGAUUGAAUUAGCUUGUGGUUCACCUGACGGUAAGUGAUUACCACCGUCCACGAACAUAUUCGACACCAGACGAAUCGCAGGUACAAUGUCGGCAUUUGAGGAAGCAGUAGGCUCUUUUCUUGAAGGUCUGAAGAUUACAUAUUGGUUCAGAGAAAUCGUAUCCACAAAAUAGUCGUGCGAAGAGAAAAAAAUUUGGAAAAUUGCGCGGUGGUGGACUAUUAGAUGCUGCUGGGCUGGGGGUGGUGUGGAUGGUAUUGAGCAUUUUGUCGCAACGUGCGACGAAAAAACAUGGCGGCUGCAGUUAAUUUUUUUUUUGAAACGGUACCUCCACACUAGGAUUUUCUCCUGUAUCGUGGAGGCAGUUUACAAACAUAAAUUGCACGAGGACAAACAUCUAGACCCGGAACAAAUAUUUGUAGGCCAUACAAAUACUCGUUGCGUUCGGGAUUCGAACCCGCGACCCCAGCGCUACAACUCAUUGCUAAGACACUGCGCCACGGAGAAUCACAGAACAUUAUUAUUCCUACCGAUAAAAGGAUGGUGUCUCCAAAAGAAAAAAAUGACACACGCGUCUAUGAGCGACCACAGCGAGCGCCCAUAUGAAACUAACCGGAAUUUCAAACCUUAGUAUUCUGUAACUUUUAAACUUUUUAUCUAAGACAAAUCGAGUAAUUUUGGUUCAAGACUACAAACACAUAAACCUAUUGGGUGGAUUCCCAUACAUAUGAGAGAUUUGCACCAAAAUGACUCGAAAUCACUUAAAUGUGGGGUUAAAUAAAACUAUAAAUUGUUAUAGUUAUGUAAUUUUAUUUUCCGAAAGCAGAUUGUUUUACAAAUCUAUACAUUAUCUGUACAUUUUUUAUAAUAUAUCACAUAAUAUUGCCACGCAUGUUAUUAGAGUAUACAUAUCAACAUAAUUAUAUUAUUGUUAGUGAGUUAUUCUUCACAGAGCAUAAGGUAAAUUUACAUCAGCAAAAUUAGCAUUUGAAAAAGAUGAAAUUCGAGGCAAUAUAUGUAAUAAUCCCUACAACAGGCAAUAAAUUCAAAAAGUAUAUAGAUUCACCAUUAUAUUGUCUUAGGUUCUUCUUAUCCUAUUUUAGGACACUCGCGAAAAGUGAUAAGAUGAUCUUGCCCUUUUCAAAUUUCUUAGAAUGGCAAUCUCAAGCAUAGUGAAGGAAAGAAAUGGCGAUAUAAUUUUUAAAAUUUUAGUCCCCCAAAUCACACAUAGACAAAAUUAUGAUUGUGUGUAAAUUUCUCAGCUUUCAUCCAAAGAUGGAUCACCCUGAUCCGAACAGAGCACUGCCGAUGGUAUUGCCAUUACUCGCUAUAUUGAGCGCGCCAUUCGAUGAUCGUACGUUCUAGUCAUGCGUGGUGAUACUCAGUGGAUAAAUUUUGCGCAAUCGGUUGGUCGUCAGAGCCUCUUCCUUAGUCGCAUAGCGUAAAAGUGUGUCCCUCACACCUAAGUGUUAGUUGUAAUAAUUUUGUACUUUGAUCGAUUUCUUAUUUUAAAUUAAAUUAAUGUAUACUACCUAUUUAAAAUAUACAAAUAAGAUGUAUUUGUUUUCUGGUUGGAUUUAGAAUCGUUUGACACGAAUUUGGCGGAGUAAGGAGUUUUAUUUGGUAGAGAUUUGGUCCCCGAUUAUAAUAAUACCACUCACAUUAAAAGGUAAUGCACCAUUAU